UCUUUCGAGCACCAUGGCUGAGGGUCCCACCAACCGCCUCUACGUCGGCAACAUCCCCUGGUCCACCACCGUCGAUGAGCUCCGCGGCAUCUUCUCCGGCUGCGGCACAAUCACCCUCGUGGACAUCCCCACCGGCCGCCAGGGCCGCUCCCGCGGCUACGGCAUCGUCGAGUACUCCAACGUGAACGAGGCUCAGGUCGCCAUCCAGACCCUCGACGGUCACACCCUCGGCGAUCGCAACAUCACCGUCCGCGAGGACAAGGCGCCCACCAAGUCCGCCCCCUCCAAGAGCGGCGGCAACAGGUCCACCAUCGGUGACACCCCCGCCGCCGACGGCUGCCGCUGCUACGUCGGCAACCUCGCGUGGGAGACCAACGAGGAGUCCCUUAUCGCCCACUGCUCCCAGGUCGGCACCGUGGUCCAGGCCGAGGUUGCCAAGCAGCCCGGCGGCAGGUCCAAGGGCUGGGGUCUCGUCGACUUUGAGACGCCCGACGCGGCCAACAGCGCCAUCAACACCCUCCACAACUCCGACCUCCAGGGCCGCUCCAUCAUUGUGCGCCUCGAGCGCGCGGGCGGCGCGAACAAGUCCGGCGGUCCCAACGCGGGUCGCCCCGAGGCGUCCUCCGGCCUCCAGAUCGUCGUUCGCAACCUCCCCUGGUCCACCACCAGCGAGGAUCUCAGGCAGGUGUUCCAGCAGGUUGGCACCGUCAUCAAGGCGGAGGCCGUCUGCCACGCGGACACCGGCCGCUCCAAGGGCUGGGGCACCGUGCUCUUCGAGACCCGCGAGCAGGCCCAGGCCGCGAUCCAGGGUUUCAACGGCGUCGAGCUCGAGCACAGGCCCAUGCAGAUCAAGCUCGACCGCUACGACUAAACAGUCAACAGCCGUUGAUGCCCGGUCGAGAAUGAAGGUUUGAUGAGAGAAACACCACAGUGAAACUUCUUUGAAGCAGAGCAGAAAUGUGUGAUGACGAAACAAGAGUACAAAGGAACCCCGCGCAGGUCUUGCGCGGGCAGUUCAUGAUGGUAUACAUAACAUAUGCUGGCAGAAAGAUUGCAGGCGAGCGGAAGGGGGCCGCCGUAUCCUCGGAGACGGAUGUUGCUUUACUUCGAUGCGUAGGUCGAAGUCGAACAGGAUGUGAUGACGUUAUAGAUGUUAUAUUCUGGAAGAUGGAAGUGCCGAUCCAUGUAGUGCCUUUAUAAUGCAAAAAUAAAGACGCGUGAGCGCC